AUCGGUUCUGCUUCCCGGCUCCUGCAAUUUUUUUGGAAGAAAGGAGAGGAAAGGAAGGAAGGACAACCAGAGUCGAGACCCAGUCGACUAACCGCUGAUUUGAAUUGACAGACACUUCUGUUACGAUUUAUACUGCCUGAAAAUCGCAUUGCGGAAUGGCUUCUCGCAACCAUCUCGACGACGACGAUGACUUCGGCGGUGAUUUCAGUGGAACCCACAACGGCCGGCGCUCGGGUAAUAAGAGAAGCUUUGGGGAUCUUGAGGACGAUGAAGAUGAUCUCUUUAGCUCCAAGAAGGGUAAUUCAAAGGUAGAAGAAACCGCAAUGAUUCUGUCUCUUCGUGAGAGCCUUGAUACCUGCAGGAAUGACCUUGCGACAUGCCAAGUAUGUUCCACUGCCUCCUUGCUUUGCAAAUUCUUGGUUUCGCUAGAAUUGACGGAGCUUGAAACAGCAAAGUUGGAUAUUCGGAAGUGGCAUUCUGCAUUUGAGAAUUCGUCUUUCAUACCCUCAGGGGCAUCUCCUGAACCUAAACUAGUCAUCAAUUAUCUUCAGACUCUGAAAUCAUCAGAGGAGUCAUUGGAGGAACAGCUUGAGAAAGCAAAGAAAAAGGAAGCAGCCUUCAUUGUUACAUUUGCCAAGCGAGAGCAGGAGAUAGCAGAAUUGAAGUCUGCAGUUCGGGACUUGAGAGCACAACUGAAGCCACCAUCAAUGCAGGCAAGGAGAUUGCUCCUUGAUCCAGCAAUUCACGUGGAAUUUACUCGCUUGAAGAAUUUGGUUGAAGGGAAGGACAAAAAGGUGAAGGAACUACAGGACAACAUUGCUGCCAUGAAUUUUACAACACAAAGCAGGAUGGGGAGGAUGCUAAUGGCAAAGUGCAAGACUCUCCAAGACGAAAAUCUUGAGAUUGGUGCUCAAGCAGCUGAAGGAAAGAUCCAUGAGUUGGGAAUGAAGCUCGCCUUGCAGAAAUCUCAUAUUGUGGAGCUCCGAAAUCAGUAUGAAGGCUUGUACAAACACAUGGAGGGCCUAACAGAUGAUGUCGAGAAGGCAAAUGAAAUGGUGCUCAUCUUACAAGAGAAGCUUGUAGAGAAGGAUAGUGAGAUCAACCAGCUGAAGCAGAAGCUUGAGCUGCAUCAGAAAACCUUGGUAGAAGAAGCAGAGCCACCCACUGACUUAGCUGCAGCUCCAGAAAACGCAGUUAGCAAUGAUGAACUAAUGACUCCAAAACAAGAGAUUGAGGCUGAUUAAAAUGUUUUGUAAGAAGAUUUUGUAGUUUGCUGGCAUUCGAAUUUUGCUUUAGUUGUAUGUGCAAUGUGUACAUUAAACAUGGCUUCAUUAGUCAUUCUUUCCACACAUUUUUGUUCUCUGGAUGAAUGCAUCUAAAGUUAGCAUAAAAGUCUGGUAGUGCAAUAAGGGCUACAUACAAGUACUCUCUAUGAAGGGUAUCUUGUAUAAUCGGAUAUGACGGUUAAGCUGAGAGUGUAUAGAAUUCCUAUUUGCUCUGCAAAAAAUCCUGGCAUUUCAUCGAUGCUUCCUUUUGUUGCCUGUCGGCCAACCAAAAACAGCAUUGCCAGGUUCCCAACUGCCUGUAUUUGGUUCGGCCAAUCCUUUCCUGCUGCUGCCAAGAGCUUCUCCCUGCACACGUUCCAACAGCAUGGGGUCGUUUGGAUUAGAGAUUUUGAUAAUGAGGGAUUUUAAUUAAAAUCUCUCGUUUAAAAUACCUGGAAAUUUGUA